CAUCGGUGUCUCAAUUAUUGCGCAACCUGUGCGCAGCCCGGUCGGCUUCAUGUUGCCCUUGUAUUGGAUUCAACGCGCUAUUGUGAUAUAUCGGUAAAACGUGAACGACAUGAGAGAAACAACGUGUCGGUCUGAAUCCAUGUCAUUGUGAAAAUGGGCGACAGACACGAGAAAGGCCCUGUGAAGCGCAGGAGAAGAACCACGAUCGCCGGAGAGGCUGCGGGAGCUCGAGCGCAGCGCGGUGGCGCAGGAGAGACGCUCAGCGGAAAGGUGCUCGAGUCACCUACCAAAAAACACGACAGUAAUGAUGGCAAUAAUCACAGACUCAGCUGUCACACACUACAGGAAUCUCUGCUCAGCUCUGACAGCGGUUACAGUAACUACAGAGGGAUUCUCAACUGGUGCGUGGUUAUGCUGGUUUUAACCAAUGCACGUCUUUUCCUGGAGAAUCUUAUAAAGUAUGGCAUACUGGUGGACCCUAUCCAGGUGAUCUCUCUCUUCCUGAAGGACCCUUAUAGCUGGCCUGCACUUUGCCUGAUCAUUGUUUCUAAUGUGUUCAUAAUGGCAGCUCUGUACAUUGAGAGACGUCUGUCUGUGGGCACGAUCUCUGAAAGCACUGGAACAUUCCUUCAUUUCAUCAAUCUGGCUGUUAUUUUAUGUUUCCCAGCGGCCACAGUCCUCACUGUGACCUCCAUGACUCCAGUUGGUGGUGUUUUUGCGUUGGCGGUUUACACCAUACUCUUCCUCAAGCUUUACUCCUACAGGGACGUCAACAAAUGGUGCCGAGAGAUCAGACAGGCCCAAGCUCGAACCCUCUUUCGAUCACACUCCUGUCCUUCUGUGCACAGAGCCAAUGGAUGCACUGGAAACACGCAUGUUUCAUAUCCGGGUAACCUCACACACAGAGAUAUGUUUUAUUUUGUUUUCGCCCCGACCCUCUGCUACGAGCUGAACUUCCCGCGGUCACCACGAAUACGAAAACGCUUCUUACUACGCCGACUGUUUGAGAUGCUGUUUUUAAUCCAGUUAAUGGUUGGAUUAAUUCAACAGUGGAUGGUUCCCACCGUUCAGAACUCAAUGAAACCCUUUCAGGACAUGGAUUUCUCCAGAAUGGUGGAGCGUCUUCUGAAACUCGCUGUACCCAAUCAUUUAAUCUGGCUGAUCUUCUUCUAUUGGUUUUUUCACUCGUCUAUGAACUUCGUAGCUGAACUUUUGCAGUUUGGAGACCGCGAGUUUUACAGAGACUGGUGGAACUCUGAAACGGUCCCAUAUUUUUGGUCAAACUGGAACAUUCCUGUGCACAAGUGGUGCCUACGACACUUUUAUAAGCCCAUGUUGAUGAGAGGAGCAAAUAAAUUAACAGCCCAGAUCGCCGUCUUCUUCCUCUCAGCUUUUUUCCAUGAGUAUUUGGUCAGUGUGCCUUUAAAGAUGUUUCGGCUGUGGGCGUUCUUGGGUAUGAUGUCACAGAUUCCGCUGGCUUAUUUUGUUGGUCGGUACUUGAGAGGAAACUAUGGCAAUGCCGCCGUCUGGAUGUCUCUGAUCAUCGGUCAGCCCGUCGCUGUGCUGAUGUACGUCCAUGACUAUUACAUCCUACAUUCUGGGGACGCCUCACAGAGCAAUGCAGUAUGACACAAGAUGUUGAAUGUGAAAGCAAUUUAUCUUUUUUUACAAGAAAGAAUAAGAGACUUUAUCAGAAAUCUCUAAGCAAAGUAAGCAGGCUUGUGUUUUAUCAUGUUCAUUUGAAUGUAAACACUGCCAAUGAACACUUCAGUCUUUGUUUUUCUCCUGUAUGUUCUUGCACUUUAUUCAUAAAUGCAUGAUGUUUGUCAAUCUUUUUAACAGGGAUUAUUUUAAGAAUCUAGCUGCUUUUAUGUUGAUUAAAAAAAUUGAUAUCUAUUAUAGUUUACAUCAUGGAGAUAUACAGUAAAUGCAUUAUUACAAUGUUGUUCUGUAUGUAAUCUUGUUUAAGCCAAAAUGAUAUAUUUGUGCCAAUCUAACUGCCUGCUAUAUUAGUUGGGAAAUGAAGGGGUUUUAUUUGAGCCAAGCAUCUGUGCUGUUCUUCAAGAUUUUUAAAUGAAACCCAUUGUGGUGCUUGACUUUAUUAUUGCUGCGUACAGCUAACUCAGUGUUUUGAUACCAUGACAUAAACACAAGGUAUGUGCUCUCACAAACAUUCAAUCCACACCUAACAUUACAUUCAACCAUUUCCAUUGCAAUUCUUGUGGUGGGAUUUGAUAAACGAUGUUCUUGCAUAACUUUGCUUCAAACCUUUGGAGAUAUUUCUUUCAAUCAGAUAAACAGCAGAUAUUUUCUCUAAAAGCCAAAGUUUGUAACUAAAUUUUACAUUCUCUCUCUCUGCACUGAAAUGUUUUGGCAGCUCGUGUUUAAUAAAGCUUUUAAAGACA